UGGUUGUUUUUCAACAAUGUCAACCAACAAGAGAAGUUUAUAAAUACUGUAAUGUAACCUCAAUCCUAAACCGAUUUGUUGAGGAAUCCGCUAUGCUUUCGUCAACACAUAACGGUACAAAGUGAAAUAAAUUGUGCUCAUCCGUGACAAUUUAUUGUCGUUACAGAAUUAACUUACUGUAUCGUUGUUAUUGGUCUACUCAUUUUAUUGAAGUUGAAAUCUAACAAUAGUUUGACUGACACCCUGUCGUUUAUAAAGCAAAAUGUUAGCAAGAUUAAGUUUUUAUCCUUCUUUGUUUUACAAUGUUGUGAUGGAAAAAGUUACGAAUAGAAAUUGGUAUGACAGAAUUGAUGACACAGUUGUAUUAGGAGCUCUUCCUUUCAGAAAUAUGACCCAACAGCUCAUGAAUGAAGAAAAAGUAAAAGGUGUUGUAUCUAUGAAUGAAGAUUACGAGCUAUACAUGUUCUCAAACAAUGCCGAGGAAUGGAAGGAAAAAGGGGUUGAAUUUCUACAACUCAGUACAACUGAUAUUUUUGAAGCUCCAUCUCAAGAAAAACUUCAAAAAGGUGUAAACUUUAUCAAAAAGUUUGAAAGCACUGAAAGCUCAGUCUAUGUCCACUGCAAGGCUGGGCGAACUCGCUCAGCAACAUUGGUUGGGUGUUACUUAAUGAAAAAGCAUGGAUGGUCUCCAGAGGAAGCAGUGAAAUUUAUUCAAAACAAGAGGCCCCAUCUUCUACUCCGCUCUAAGCAAUGGGAAGCUCUGUCGCAGUUCCAUAAAGAAAAUGUUGAUCAGAAACCAGAUUUUGUUACAUAAAUUGUUGUGCACUGCUAUUAGCUUUCACACAGUUUUUUAUCUCGCAAUAUUAAAUUUAUGGUUUGGGAUGUAUAUCUAAUAAUAUUUCAAAUUGUUAUCAAAAUGUGAUUCCUACUGAUUAAGGCUUUAUUUUUAUACUGUGUUUUAUUAAAGACUAUACAAAAAACGUUUUGUUUUACCAAACUGUUUUUCUUAUUAAUUCCAUUUAAAUGCUUUCAAUAAACCUAAAUUUUAGUUGGUUAUUUUUGAAUAAACACAACACAAUACAGACAUGAACAAAGAUAGAUGCUCGGUAACUAUUCUUAUAAAUUCUGAUGAGUCCUUGGAGCUUAGCUGUGCUAACUCAUAUAAAACAGUUACAAAACUACAAAGAUGAUAUUUCAUAGUGCCCUGGACUUUUAAAUUACAAUCACUUUGGCAUUUAAAAAAAAUAUUUUGAGAUCGUAAAUAACUGA